AUGGAGGAGGAAGGCUCCCAAAAUAGUAUAAACUUCGUACCAUGUAUUCGAUGGGUCAGACGGGGAGUAGCAAGUGAGAAACCAACCGAGGUAAAACUAACGAGAGAUGAAUUGACCAAAAUCAUAAAAGAAAACAAGGAAAAACUUGAAGAGGAAGCUAAGAAUGUUCAAGAAGAACCUAUGGAUGCAGACCAGGCAGCUGGAGAUGAGUAUAAUUUUGAACAGUAUGACGAAGAUGAUAAUAAAAAUGCAGAAUCUGUUAUAGGAAUAACCUCAUUAGCUACUGAAGUAGAAGAAGAUGCAGAUGAUGACUCAGAAAAAGAAGAUGACAUUAUCAAGCCAACAGACAACUUAAUCUUGGUGGGCCAUGUAGAAAAAGAUGCAAGUGUACUAGAGGUCCACAUCUACAAUGAAGAAGAAGAAUCAUUCUAUGUCCAUCAUGAUAUUUUUCUUCCAUCUUUCCCAUUAUGUCUAGAAUGGCUUAACUAUGAACCGAACAGUCCAAAAGGGAACUACUGUGCUGUAGGUUCUUUGUCACCUAUUAUUGAGGUCUGGGAUAUUGAUUUGGUUAAUGUUUUGGAACCUGCUUUUACUUUAGGAAGAUCUGGUAGCAGGAAGAAGAAUAAAGAAAGAAUUGGACAUACAGAUGCAGUGCUGGCACUAGCGUGGAAUAAAACUUUUGACCAUGUUAUAGCCAGUGGUUCUGCAGACCAUAGCAUUUUGUUAUGGGAUAUGGAAAAACAAGUGCCUAAUACCACAAUUACUGCUUUUGGAGAGAAGGUUCAAUGCCUAGAUUGGCAUAGGCUAGAGUCUCAGACUUUGCUUGCAGGGGGAUGUGAUAGUACAGCUAGGAUUUUUGAUUGUAGAACUCCAGAACCACAUCAAAAGUGGAGUCUAGAUGGAGAGGCUGAAAGAUUAUAUUGGAAUCCAUUAGAACCUUUUGCAUUUGUAGUUGGAACUAGUAAAGGUACAGUACAGUGUUUUGACUGCAGAAAAGGCCAACUAUGGAUCAUAGAAGCUCACAGCAAAGAAGUGACUGGUCUAGCUAUCAGUGAUCGGUGCCCUGGUCUCAUGGUAACAGCCUCUCCUGACGAGAUGGUCAAAACCUGGGACUACAAAACAGGCGCAGAACCCAGAUUGGUCCAAGAGAAAGAGUACAAAAUGGGGAACAUUCACUGCUUAGAACUCUGUCCUGAUACGCCAUUUGUGGUUGCGUUAGGUGGUGAUAACAAGUCACACAAUUUUACUGUUUUUGAUUUGAGAAACGGGGAUGUGAUCAAACAUACUUUUGCAGAAAGGAGUUUGGUGCAGUUAGUUGCUGAAGAGGGGGGAGGUGAAGGCAGUAGUGACAGUUAAUAAAAGAUAAGGAUAUUCUUGAAUUUUAUUGUCUAUAAUUUAAGUCGCGGGUAACAGCUAGUUUUGCUGGAGUAGUAGAUAACGAAAAAAUUAACGAAUAUAGUCUGAUGAAAUCAACUUCGCAAGAUUAUUAGUCGAACACAAUAUCCAACUUUCAUUUUGCUAAAAUGGACUACUACCGAAGAAAAGGUUACCUAUGUUUGUCAACUUUAAGUAACUAUAUCCUUGAAUGACAUCCCCAAAAGUUGAAUUAUCUUAAGAGUUGAACCCUCUAUCAUAAAUUGGUAACCACGUACCAAAUUAAGGCCCUAAUAGACCUUUGACCAACAGGUUGGCUCAAAACUACAAAAAAACACAGCUCUAAAAAGUACUUGAAAAAUUCUUGACCUUGAAGACAUAUCCUUUUUAUUAUAUUAGCUAAUAUUAACCUAAAAUACGUCUUCAAUGUCAGGUUCUUUUUUGGGGCAUAUUUUGGUAAGUAAAAAUUAUCUUAUUAAUGACCAAUAAAAAAUUCUUGUAAGCUUACAACAAAGAUUCUUUCAGUAAAUGUUCGUCUAGAUUUCGACAUUGACACUUUACGAACUUUUAAGUAGAAGUGUCUUAACUGAAGUUAAAAUUACUUGCAAAUAUUUCUUCAUAGUUAUAGUGGCCAACAAAUAGUCUUUCAAGGCAAUUUGGUUGCCACCUCCCCAUUAUUGAUCUUUGAUGACUAUUUGGUUCUUAGUUCUUUUAAUUUGCAGUGUGAUUGCCUGGGAGUGCCAAUUUCUUCAGUCAUAUUCAAAUCUAGAAGAUGUCUAAAAAUUUAAACUCGAAGAGGCCUAAGAUUUAUAUUCAUACCAAUCUCAUAUACUACCGAGAGACUCCGCUAUCAAGAUUUUGUUUUAAAUGCACAUGCGCGUUCAGGUCGGAAGUAUCGUAGUGGUAUUUGGACUGUGUAAUAGAGAACGUAUGACACGUGUCAGAAUAUCAGAAUCCACCUUUUUUUUUCUUUGGAGCAAGCUCAAUACGGGACCACUUAGUAUAAUAAGUAGUUUAUAAAGAUCAGAAUUAUCAAAAUCAAACAUCAUACUCUACUAAUGAAUGCAUCCCGAUACGUUCAUCUCUGUCUCCCUCCAUGUCUCUCUGGAUUAGGCAACGACUCUAAUUUAAAAAAAAAUCCUAGCGCAUACCCGCAAUACGCAUAUAGUAUAAUUCAUACACAUAUCGCCAGCUACGGGAAACUAAUAAAUACAGCAUACAUACCUACAUCAAAUUGAAAAAUUAUUUAAUGUCAAAUUGUUUUCCAACAAUAAAAACCAAGACCUAGUUGUACCUUUAUUUGGAAUUUGACGUCUGAAG